AUGGAGCAGGGUACUGGUGACCUGAACACCACUCACUUCUCGGUCGUGCGCCAGACUAUUGAAGCAACGGAGAGCGAAAUUAUCCAUGUCUCUUUCCCGAAGACGCAGAUCAGUGGCGGUUGGUGGGUCGCCAGCAAGGAUGUCGAGACACGAACUCUUCUCAGGAUUAUUUAA